UUUGACACAUGUAAUGUAAUUGCUGUUGGUUGUUCAUCUGAUUCUGAUUUGUCCUGAUUGUUUUUCAUCCUCUAUCAAAUACAUAAUUUUACUUAGCCUAUGUGUAUUGCUGGCUGCAGUACACAUAAUUGAGUACUAUUUAAAUUUGACAAAAGAACGUUUGUAUCAUGUCGAGUGCUGACAGAAUUGAUUUUGAAAUGGAAGUAGAGGUGGAAAGUGCUUCAUCAGGGCCGGCUGUGGAUCCUCCUAACCCCACAUCUCCAGCGCCUGCUGCACCAGGUUGCACUAAGAGCGUCGUGGUUACCACGGCCACUUCAGGAUCUGUAACAGUGUCUUUGCAUCCACUCGUAAUAAUGAAUGUGUCUGAACAUUGGACAAGAUUGCGAGCGCAAGAAGGAUCACCACAGAUUGUAAUUGGAGCACUAAUUGGCAAACAGAAAGGCAGAAACAUAGAAGUCAUGAAUUCAUUUGAAUUAAUGUUCAGUGUUAUUGAGGGCGAUAUUUUAAUUGAUAGAGAUUAUUACAAUUUAAAGGAGGAACAAUUCAAACAAGUAUUCUCUGAUAUGGAUUUCUUGGGCUGGUACACUACAGGAGAUGCUCCCACUGACAAAGACAUAGCCAUUCAUCGUCAGAUCUGUGAAAUCAAUGAGUGCCCAGUCAUGCUGAUGCUCAACCCAGCAGGAAGGAAUGGAGAUCAACUGCCAGUGGUUUUAUAUGAGUCCGUAAUUGAUGUAGUUAAUGGACGAGCGACAAUGCUACUGGCACCUCUCACAUACACGCUGGCGGCAGAAGAAGCAGAAAGAAUUGGUGUGGAUCAUGUAGCCCGAGUGUCUUCUGGUGAAGCUGCUCUUAACAGCUUAGUGGCUGAGCACCUGACGGCGCAGCGCUCUGCUAUAAAGAUGUUAGUAUCUCGAGUGCGUGCCGUGCUGGCGACGGUGCGUGCGAUCCGUGACGGCACUCUGCCGCCGCGGCCAGCUCUACUGCGGGAAGCGCGCGCACUCUCCAACAGACUGCCUCUACUCACUUCACAACAGUUCCGCACACACUUCUAUAACCAAUGCAAUGACGUCGCGCUGAUGACGUACCUGGGCACAAUAACAAAGGGCUGUAAUGCUAUCAACCAGUUAGUGAACAGAUUCAACGUACUCUACGACAGACAGGGCAUGGGUCGCCGCAUGAGAGGACUAUUCUUUUAGGGUGGUAAUUAAUAUUAAAUACUUUUGUACAGAUACCAUAACAUCAUAGAGUGAGUGGAAAAAAUGCAUUUUGUAGUCUUUUUUUCUAAUAUGAGAUUUUUUUCCACAAAUUCUAUACUCAGUACAAUUUAAAGAAAUUUAGUUUUUAAUAUGAGAAUAUGAGUAUUUGCGUUGCUAGAGGCGCUCGUAUCGCGUAGGAUUUCUGGAUGAGCAGAAUAUUUUUGCUAAUGUUAACCAAUAGUAAAUGUUGCAUUAACUUAUUAGAAUAGUAUUGGACUAACAGGAUCAUAUACGCGUCAUUGGCGCCGUCUAGCGUGUACCAAAAUGACUGCCUUAUUGAUCGCGAUUCUCAUUAUAAUGAAAAAUAUUACAUCCACACACUAAAGAAAAUGUGCUAUGAUGCCGGCAAAUACCAUUCUCAAAAAUCUGUAAUAGUCGAAUACCUACUUGAUUAAAUGUUGAUUUGCAGUUAUGUAAAUCUGCGUUUAGAUUAAAUUAAAAUACUAUACAACAAAACAGAAUACUAUUAUAGCUUUCUGAAGAGAAUGUGUUGCAGUCUUAAAUCAAUAUUGGUAUUGUUUUUGCUCACAGUACCAAUUAAUGCCAUUCACAUUAUGUAAGUUAAUUGUAAAUGUCACGCUACAUCAUAAAAUUGACAUAGUGACUGAUUUUCUAGCUACUUAAUAAAACAUGUACCUUUUAAAUUGAA